AUGGGCACAUACAUGCACACCCGCUUCGCCGCCACCGACCCCUCCCUGGCGGACCUCUUCACUAGCCUUCGCGACCCCAUCCUCCGCGCCGACUUCCUGCGCUACCUCAUCCUGCUGCGCGACGGCGGCGUCUGGGCCGACAUUAAUGUCUACCCGCAUAGGCCGGUGGCGGAGUGGGUGCCGGAGCGGUUUCGCGGCAGGCUGGCGCAGUAUACGGUGCUGGCGAAGCCGGGGCAUCCGGCGGUGGGGGUGUUGGUGGAGGAGGUGACGGGGAAUUUGAGGCGGUUGGUGGGGGAGAAGGGGCGGGUGGUGGUGGGGUGA